AUGACAGGAAUAAUUUCAUCAAUUAAAGAAUCAAGCUUUUUCAAGAGUGGAUUUAUUGAUAAAAGAUUAAUAAAAAAGAGAUUAACAGGUUUAGCAUUAGGACAAUUGUUAUCGGUUAUGAUAGCAGGUACAGGUAUAUUUAGUCAAUUGUUAGUAAAAAAGUAUGGAGUUAAUAUACCAACAACACAAUCUCUAUUGAAUUAUAUUUUAUUAUGCGUUUAUUUAUUGGUGUUGGUAAAACGUGGUGUAUUGUGGGAGACUAUUAAGACCAAGUCAAUCUAUUUCGCACCAUUGGCAUUGGUAGAUUUGGAAGCUAAUUACAUUGUGGUGAAAGCUUAUCAAUAUACAACCAUCACAAGUGUUAUGUUAUUGGACUGUUUCACUAUUCCAUGUGUAGUGGUAUUGUCAAGAAUAUUCCUAAAGACAAGAUUCACAUUCGUACAUAUCAUCGCUGUGCUAAUUGCAUUGGCGGGUAUGGCAAUAUUGGUGGUUUCAGAUAUAAUCGAGGGCGAAUCGGCCAAUGGCGGCUCCAACCCGUUGUUGGGCGAUUUCCUCUGUUUGGCAAGCUCUGUUUGUUAUGCAAUUUCAAAUGUGGGUCAAGAGGCAACUGUUAAAAAGUAUGAUCGUGUAACUUAUCUUGCAAUGAUUGGUCUAUAUGGUAGCAUUUUCUGUGGUAUUCAAAUUGCAAUCUUAGAGAGAAACGAAUUGGCAACCAUGGCAUGGAGUGGUGGUGUCGUUGGUUAUAUCGUUGGCUUUGCACUUUGUCUAUUCAUUAUGUACUCUUUCACACCAACAAUGAUGGAAAUAGCCGGUGCCACCGUUAUGAAUCUCUCUUUGUUAACCUCUGACAUGUUUGGUAUUAUCGUUGCAAUCUUUGUUUUCGACAGGGACUUAUCUUGGCUCUAUUUCCUCUCAUUCUUUGUCAUUGUUUCCGCUUUGGUUAUUUAUAAUCUUUCAGCACCCCAUGUAAAAUCUUCUGAAGUUCAAAAUCUAAUUAAUAAUGAUAAUAGUAAUAAUAAUAAUAUUAGUAAUUAUAAUAAUGGUAGUUUAAAUGAUAGUAGUAAUAAUAAUAAUAAUAGUAAUAAUAAUAGUUCUGACUUAACAAAUAGUUCUACAAAUUUAAUUUUGGAUAAUGGUGAUGAAAUUACACCUGGUGGUGCUGAUAUUCUCUCAUCGACUGUUGAUGAAAUUACUACGAGUGGAGAAAGUGAAGAAAAUUUAAAUGGUUUAGAAAACAAUGAAAAUAAUGUUUGA